AUGGAGUAUUAUGUAAUUAAAGCAAAAAAAAAAACAAAUUCUAUUGGCCUGCCAUUGUUUCACGAAACAGAACUUUUUUUAUACAUUAUGAAGUUUAUUGCUCUUCGCUACUACUUUCAAAAUAAUCCGAUGCAUUGCCACGACAGAUUGGACAUGUUCGAUUCGACUAUAAGAGAAGAGAGAAGAAAAAUGUCAAAUGAUAAAAAACAGAAUAGAAAACAAAAAGAAAAAAUUGAAUCGCUGAGAAAGAAGUCUCAUCCAUGA